AUAAACAGGCCUCCAGAAGUGGAAAAACACUUAACCCCCGUACUUGUCACACUCUGGGUCCUCUCAGUGGCCAGAGAACAGAAAGAAAAUCUGGCUGUGCAUGGGCAAAGGGUGACACCGGGAGUGCAGCACCGGCCUGAAGGCGCCUCUUCACGGGGAGCCCGAAAUUCGAAGAUUAUCUUUCCUGGUGGAGACUCCAAACCAAAUAAAUAGAAAAAAAUAUCCAAGAUGACUGUCACUUACUCCAGUAAAGUAGCAAAUGCAACUUUUUUUGGAUUUCAUAGGUUACUCUUCAAGUGGAGAGGCAGCAUCUACAAACUACUGUACAGGGAAUUUAUUGUCUUUGCUGUUCUUUAUACAGCAAUAAGUUUGGUGUACAGAUUGUUACUUACAGGAGCCCAAAAACGUUACUUUGAAAAAUUAUCAAUUUACUGUGACAGAUAUGCUGAACAAAUUCCAGUAACCUUUGUGCUUGGGUUUUAUGUUACUCUGGUAGUGAACCGAUGGUGGAACCAGUUUGUGAAUCUGCCCUGGCCAGACAGGCUGAUGUUCCUCAUCUCCAGCAGUGUUCACGGAAGCGACGAGCACGGGCGCCUGCUAAGAAGGACGCUGAUGCGCUAUGUCAAUCUCACCUCCCUGCUCAUCUUCCGCUCGGUGAGCACUGCUGUGUACAAAAGGUUUCCCACAAUGGACCACGUGGUUGAAGCAGGCUUUAUGACAGCAGAUGAAAGGAAAUUAUUCAACCACCUCAAAUCUCCUCAUCUGAAAUAUUGGGUUCCAUUCAUCUGGUUUGGAAAUCUUGCAACUAAAGCCCGGAAUGAAGGUAGAAUCAGAGACAGUGUUGAUCUGCAAUCAUUGAUGACUGAAAUGAAUCGAUUCCGCUCUUGGUGCAGCCUCUUAUUCGGUUAUGACUGGGUUGGGAUUCCGCUGGUUUACACCCAGGUGGUCACUCUUGCUGUCUAUACCUUCUUCUUUACGUGCCUGAUUGGACGCCAGUUUUUGGAUCCCACCAAAGGCUACGCAGGGCAUGACUUGGAUCUUUACAUUCCAAUCUUCACCCUCCUACAAUUCUUCUUCUAUGCAGGAUGGCUCAAGGUAGCUGAGCAGCUUAUCAACCCUUUUGGAGAAGAUGAUGAUGAUUUUGAAACUAAUUGGUGCAUUGACAGAAAUUUGCAGGUCUCUCUUUUAGCUGUGGAUGAAAUGCACAUGAGCUUACCCAGGAUGAAGAAGGACAUUUACUGGGACGAUUCUGCGGCUCGCCCGCCAUACACAUUGGCAGCUGCGGACUACUGCAUUCCCUCGUUUCUGGGGUCAACAGUCCAGAUGGGGCUGUCUGGGUCCGAUUUUCCUGAUGAGGAGUGGCUGUGGGAUUAUGAGAAGCAUGGCCAUCGGCAUUCCAUGAUAGGAAGAGUCAAGCGGUUCCUGAGUGCCCACGAACACCCCUCCAGCCCCAGAAGAAGAAGCUACAGGAGGCAGACGAGUGACAGCUCCAUGUUCUUACCCCGAGAUGACCUCAGCCCAGCCAGAGAUCUACUGGAUGUGCCCUCAAGAAAUCCCCACAGGGCCUCACCCACCUGGAAGAAAUCCUCCUUCCCAGAAGGAAGCCCCAUGCUGCACUCCAGCAUAGGAGAGCUGUCCACCAUCAGGGAGACCAGCCAGACAAGCACUUUACAGAGCCUGACCCCACAGUCCAGUGUGAGAACCUCCCCCAUCAAAAUGCCACCGGUGCCUGAGGUAUUGGUCACAGCGGCCGAAGCGCUAGGGUCCACAUCAGACGGCUACCACCAUGACUCCACUACCUCCAUCUUGAGCUCUGAGUUUUCAGGGGUUGAGCCAAGCAAGACUGAGCAGCAGCAGGGCCCAGUGAGAUCCAUCCUGUCCCCUUUAGAGAAGGGGACACCUCCUAGAGGCCCCAGUGCCCAGACUGUUUCAGCCAGCACUGAGGGAAACAUAUUCAAGUGUGAAGGAGACCCUGGUGAUACCUUUCUAAAAACGUGGAGCCUUCCGGAAUUCCUGGAGUCCAGCCACACCUCCCUGGGAAACCUAAGUCCAGACCCCAUGAGCUCUCAGCCAGCUCUUUUAGUUGACACAGAAACAUCCUCAGAGAUCAGUGGGAUCAACAUUGUGGCGGGCCCUCGAGUCUCUCCUGAUAUGCUGUAUUUAAUGGAAAACCUGGACACCAAGGAAACAGAUAUCAUAGAGCUGAACAACAAGGAAACUGAGGAACCACCCAAAUGAGUGCCACAAAGUUCUAGGACCUGGUACUAGCCUAGAUUCUUAUCUCCACAAAAGCAGCGUUAAUCCCAGGACAUACCUGAAGGCUGGUCAGCAUGUUUAAAACAUGAUCAUACUGUAUAAGCUACUGAGAACUUUGAAGGGCAUUAUGAUCCUGACUUUUCAAGAACUGCGAAAAAUCAAACACAUUCGCGUCAUCCAUCACAACAUGGCUUUCAUCGGAAGUUACACAAACCACAAUGACUGAAUCAAAUAGGUCUUAACCAAAUAAGGAAUCUGGAGAAUAUACAUGACUUAUAAAUUCAUAGAUUAUUAGCUGUGACAGAGUCUCAUAGACCAUAGUCCAAUCCCCUAGACCUAAAGGUCCAGACACACAGGAUUCUCUAUUUCUCUUCUUUUUUCUCUUUCUUCUUUAGCCAUAAAG